AUGGCAAACACAGACUUAACCCAAUCGCGGUCUUCCUCGCCCAGUCAACAACAGGAUCAAACACCUGCAGGCGCUCGAGCUCCAAGUCUAAAGCCGCAUUUCGUGACUGGCAUCUAUCCCCUUGGCGGAUCGCCUGGCAGCACCGGCUGUGGGUCAACCACCACGACAAUCCCGCGACAGACGCAUCCUCAGGUGACCACCAUGGCAUUGGAACAGUAUCGCUUGCAGUUGUACAAUUAUGCACUCAACAUUGAGCGUCUACGGUGUCCCCAAUACGCGUCGGCUGCGGGAUCGGGCGUUGGCUCGACGGCAUUGCCCACUUGGCUACAUCCAUACAGCUCUCACUGUACAGGAGCUGGAAACCGUCUGGCAACGCUAUCAACGAUCUCCCUGUUCCCUCAGUCUCAGCGCAUUUUCCAGCCAGAGGAGCCAAAGCCACAGCACAGCUAUAUUGGACUUAUUGCAAUGGCCAUUUUGAGCUCCGCUGAAAUGAAACUAGUGCUUUCAGAUAUUUAUCAAUAUAUUUUGGAUAACUACCCGUACUUUCGGACCCGUGGGCCCGGCUGGAGGAACUCGAUUAGGCAUAAUCUAUCCCUAAACGACUGCUUUAUCAAAUCUGGGCGCAGUGCGAAUGGCAAGGGCCAUUAUUGGGCUAUUCAUCCCGCCAACAUGGAUGACUUUCGCAAAGGUGACUUUCGGCGACGGAAAGCCCAGCGCAAGGUGCGCAGGCACAUGGGGCUCUCCGUUGAUGACGCCAGCACAGAUUCCCCGAGCCCGCCUCCAUUAGACUUAACCACACCACCACCACCAGCCGCGCAGGCAUCAAUGCAGCUUGCUGCCCUGAACUAUCCCUACCAUCAGCAUUACAUUGGUCAGUUCUUUGGUCGCAGUGUCGUUGGUGCUUCCACUCCCCCCUGCAAUCUGCCCCAGUACACGGCUGCAGCCACAGCUCUCCAGCGGCAGCAGAUCCACAUUCAGCAGCAGCAGCAGCAGCCAGAGCCUAGAUUGGAUCCAAGCUAUCCGCUAUCACAGCACCCGCACCCGCAUCAGCAUCUGCACCAGUAUCUGCCCCAAUCCCAGCAUCAGCAUAUAGCCUACAUCAACUCUACAACGACUACCACAAUUGCAAAUCUGUAUUCGCAGACGCGAAAACGCCAGUUUGAUGUCGCCUCGCUGCUUGCGCCAGAUGUGCAGAUUGUGGAUAUUGUUGAAGAUGAGGACUCAUCGACCCAGACCCAGCAUACGGUUAUCACAAAGGUCCAGGUAAAAAAACAGCAAAUGAUCCACCGCGAAUUGGUUGUGGAGCGACAAAGUCCCAGCACUAAUCCAAAUACUGCUGAUGGCGAUGUGGAUGCAGAUAUUGAUGUUGAUGGAGAUGGUGAUGGAGACGUUAAUGAGUUGCAAGGCCAGGAUGCGGUGCAACACCAAAAGCACAUGAGCCACCCAUUAAGAAGCCAAGUCAUUCAGCAUAUGCUCUCGCCUGAAGACCAAAAUUCGUACCUUAGCGAUGCCAGGCAAUCCAUAUUCGAUGCGGACAUUGAAGAGCAGGAGCCCCACAAUUUCUCAGCUUCUGUUUCUGUUUCCCCGCCAUUGGACAGCUCGGCGGCGAGCAGUAGCCAACAGGACUCGAAUUCUUUAGAGGAAUGCCCCCUAGCCGAGGGUCCAGCUCCAGGACCAUUGAGCGUAUCGGCCACACCAGCACACACAUCGCCGCUGGCAAUGACAAUGUCGCUGCCAAAUGCCUAUGUGGAACUUAAUGGUGUCGAUCCCCAGCUCCUGAGCAAAUACUACGGCACAUAUAUGGCAGCAGCAGCUCGUCGAGCUAGUCUGGAAGCAUCCAGAGCCCAAUCGAAAACUAUGACCACUCCCCCGCCUAUAGAACUGUUACCUAAUAAAUCUUAA